AUGAGACUACAAGGAGACAUGGAAUCAACCGAUGACGAGCUUGACCAGAGUGUGUUCGAAAACAAAAAUGGCCUAGCUGACGAUAUGGCGUUCCUGGCCAGUAUGCCCGAAUUAUGUGAUGUAACUUUUUUGGUCGGCGAUACGAGAGAACCAGUGUGUGCUGUAAAAGCAGUCUUAGCCGCAAGGAGUCGAGUAUUCCAUAAAAUGUUAUAUCAGCCACCAAGCCCUCAAAGAAAAAAAGAAGUUUUACCUAAAGAGACUACAAAACUAAGACGGCCUACAUUUCUAAAACGAAGCAGUGAACCACUUCUCAAUGUAAAAAAUGCCAAUACACAAACUCAAUCCAAUCAACAUCAAACAGUCGUAGUUGAUGAAUUCGAACCAGACGUAUUUCGCCAACUUAUUGAAUAUAUACAUACUGGUUGUGUAACUUUGCAACCCAGAACAUUAUUGGGAGUACUGAAUGCAGCGGAUUAUUAUGGCCUGGAAGAUCUGCGGAAGGCAUGCACGGGCUUCGUUCAGUGCUGCAUAAAUGUGGACACGGUCUGCGCACUCUUGUCAUCAGCAGAGCGGUAUAUUCAAUACAAAUGUACUAAAAGCCUCGUUCAGAAGGUUUUGGAGUUUGUUGACGAACAUGGAAACGAAGUUUUAAACCUUGGAUCAUUCGCUCUAUUACCACUACACGUUGUCCGGUUGAUACUAAGCAGAGAUGAACUAAAGGCAGACGAAUUCACUAAAUUUCAGGCCGCACUUAUGUGGACAAUGAAAUAUGGUGAUACAAAUUCAAAUGUUGAUUGGAAAGAAGUUUUUGUGGAAAAUUUUAUGUCGUCCAUUCAAUACCACAAAAUACCGGCUAAUGUACUGAUGAAUGAAGUGGAACCUUUAAAACUGGUUCCAUACGAAGUGAUCAUGACAUCAUUAGCGUAUCAGGCAGACCCCUCCUGUGUCGAUCCCGACAAAUUGAAGAGGGCCUUGAGAAUGGGUAAUUAUCAUGGACUGAUGGGCAUCAGUAGUACAAUUGGCACCGUAACGGCUGAAAGAACCAUGUCGGUGCAAAGUUCGGGCACACAUCAUGGUUCCAGCUCGACUAUUAGCUCCAUUGGAUCUAGCGAUCUAGUUGGUUCUGACAAAACUUGA